AUGUUUAUUAGUAAUCUAUAUAAGCACUGUACUGAUGGUGGUUUAGAAUUUGAUUUUAUUAAUACAUCAUCGAAUACACCGAGUUUGGUUUUUACAUCAAAUAAAGUUACUAAUAGCGGUGAAGCUUCAUUCUGGAAGAUAUUUAGAAAUAAAAUUUUAUUCAAAUUAAUAUUUUCAAAUUUCAUAUUCAAAGAGUUAUUCAGCUAUGAUGAUUUAAUAAGUUCUCAUUCUAUCUUUAGAGGUUUUAGUAAUGGUGAUGCAAUUAUUAGAGAUAAAAUAAAAAGUAGAAAUUUUAUAAUUAAUGAUUUUAAUUAUAUAGAAUUUGUCAUUAGCAAAAUCACCAAAGAUACCAAAGAGAACAGAGAAUUCUAUAGACAAUUAUUUUCAACAAACCAAUACCACAACCCAAAUGAUAACAAUAAUUUCAGCGACUAUUCAUUUUGGGUACAAAUAUUUGCAAAUGAAAAAAAUAAAACCGCAUUUCUCGAAUACAAUAAGCUUUUUCAAAUAGAUAAAAGAAAUAUUUCAGUAGAUUUAAAUGACACCAGUUUUAAAAAUAAAAGAUUAAAACAUUUAAAGAUGAAACCUUUUUUAGAAUAA